GGUAGCGGGCGCGCUCGACGCCUGACCCUGAGCGCGCUGCGGGGCAGAAAGGGCGACAGAACUCAGGUGUCUGGUCGUUGUCCUUCCUUCUUUCAAGCUGACAGUCGGUUCACAAGGGAGCAACAUGUCACGGAAUCUGCGGGAAGCGGUGAAGCUCAUGACCAAAGCUCCGGGUUUUGAUAGAGUUUGGGAAAAGGUGACUCUUGUCUCUGCUGCUCCUGAGAAAGUGAUUUGUGAAAUGAAAGUAGAAGAAGAGCACACUAAUAAAUACGGCACUCUCCAUGGUGGUUUGACAGCCACCUUAAUAGACAGCAUAUCAACAAUGGCUCUGCUAUUCACGGAAAGAGGGGUACCAGGAGUUAGUGUUGACAUGAACAUAACGUACAUGUCACCUGCUAAAAUAGGAGAAGAAAUUGUAAUUACAGCAAAUAUUUUGAAGCAAGGAAAGACACUUGCUUUCGCCUCUGUGGAUGUGACCAACAAGGCCACAGGAAAACUAAUAGCACAAGGAAGACACACAAAACACCUGGGAAACUGAGCAAACAGCAGGAUUAAAGGAACCCAAGAGCGAGCAUCAAGCAUAAAUUUGAUUUGAACAAAUUUUCAAAAUAAAUGAGCAGAAUCAGAAAUAGCUAAGAAAUAUUGUCUUUGGGGGAAAAGACCUAGAGACCAAGUAGGACAGAGUUAAGGUGGGGGUGUCUGGUUUUUUCAUUUUAUCUUUUAUUUUUUAAUCAAUUCAUAAUUGAAAGAAAAAAGCUCUGAAGUGUUUGAAAACAGGUAAAGCAAAAAAGCCAGCAGGGCCACUCUAAGAUUACAAUUAAAGUCCAGUGUGAUGCUGAAGGAGAACAAUAAAUUAAUGGCUGAGUC